UAUUCGCUUACCCACGAUCUAACAAAAGUGAUGAUCAAAAAUUUCUUAUAUUUUUAUUAAAGUAUUCAUUAAUAUACAAUUUACUAAAUUAUAUCAAAAGUUUCUCAUACAAUUAAUAAAAAUGGAGUGGAUAGCUCCCGUCAAUGAGAUCCUAACUGAUAAAAUUACAAAAUUAAAUUACACAUUGAUCCCGCCCGGAUUUCAGGGAGAUGUACGAAGUGUGAGGGUGAUGCAAGACAGUCUGUCCAAAUUGAUCAACUUCCUCGGUGAACAGUCUGCACAAGCUCAAGGGCUAAACAAAGUGAUUACAACAGCCUAUAAACUGCGUAACUCACCGACACACAUCUUAUAUUUGCUGAAAGAUUUCAAUGCCAAAGGGGGGAAUGGUGACGUAAUAGGAUUACUAAAAGUUGGCCAGAAGCAUUUAUUCCUUUUCGACGAACGUGACAAGGUUUGCGAGGUGGAACCUCUCUGUGUGCUCGAUUUCUACGUGUUACCAGAUCGACAGCGACACGGUUACGGAAAGAUUCUCUUUGAUCACAUGCUAACAGAUAUGAACACAUCUGCCGAAAAACUUGCAAUAGACGGUCCCUCGCCAAAAAUGGAGCAAUUUCUGCGCAAGAACUACGGCAUCGAACGUUUAAUGCACCAAAAGAACAAUUUUGCGGUUUCCCCGAAAUUUUUUGCCGGUGUGCAACAAGUGAGCAAUAAGUCGGGACACACAACUCCGGUGGCAACACCGGCCGUCGGGCGCUUCGCAGCUCACAAGCCGGUCUCGGCUAUCGCUACAGUGAUUCACGGCGGCGGUUCUGGUUUUCAAGAAACAAACAAUGGGACAACACCUGCAUCUGGGGGCCCUGAUACUGAAAAAAAUGGUGCUGCCGUAGCUGAUCUAGAACAGCUUGUAACCGACGUUCACAUAACCGACAAUAAAAAUGAAAAUAACGAAGCCAAAGAAACUUAUGAUACCAAAGCAGAGGACACUAAACCAGCAAUUGAAGAAUUAGCCGACCUUCAAAAAAGUCCUGAGAGGCCUUCGUCCCUCAAAGUGGAGCCAGUGUCGGAGUCUCCCGCCCCGGUCGCCCUCUCUCCGGCCGGCUCCACCAUCUCGCAUCGCGACUCGCAGCUCACCGACCGCGGCUACUUCGACGUUAAGUUUUACCACAACAAACUGUGGUAAAACAACCAGCUAACCACAGCUGUGGCACGCUCGCCACGAUGGUAUAAUUACCUAUUUCAUGUUUUCUUAUAUAUCGUAAUCGUAAUGCUCAACGUCAUAAUAUGUGCUUUAGAUUUAACCCUUUGUUUCUGUUUACACUACGGGCCUAUAUUCAACUCGAUUGAUGUUAUUUGUUUUUAAUAUAGUUUUCAUGUUGACGGAUAUAUCUUCCAUUGUGUCUGUUUUUAAUUAGAAAAUCGUUACUAUAAGGUUAGAAGUUAUAAGUGGUAAUUUCACCUUAAAUAAUUUAAUUGAAACAUUUUUUUUUAAAUUGGCUUAUGAAAUUAUCGUAAUCGUAUCAGUCAAAUUGACAUUAAAACUCUUUGUAGCCUCCAUGCACUAAGUUAGAUGUAGCUUUGGGAAAGUAUCUUAGAUAGAUUUGUGCACGGAAUGCGAAACGUAACGAAAUUCCAGUGUGAUGUUAAGAAGAAUGAUUUUUUUGCAAAACCACUAUUACUUCUGAAUAAACAAUAAUCUUGAAAAGUGUAAAUUAAAACCGCAAUAUCAUUAUAGGCACUGAAUAUAUUCAGUACCGUCUUUACCAUAAAAACAACGGGGCCUGGAAAGGCCGAUAUAUUCGCUUGUAUAACAAGACUAUUCUAAAUGUAUUUCUAAAUACAAUGUAUGACAAAAAUUAAUGUAGUGAUGUUGAUAAUCUCCAAAACAUCAUUUACAGGUUCCGAAUUUGCUUGAUAGUUCGUUAGUCUUAAAACAUUUUGAUUCAGUAAAAAAUAUAAGAGUUUUUGUAAAUAUUUUUUAAGUUGUUACUUCUUUGGCUAAAUAUCAUUUAAAUAAUUCUAUUUGAUACACCGAUCGUUU